AUGUGUGACAAUCGGUCCAGUCUUGAACCUAACCCAGGAUAUACUAACCCCACUUUGCGUCGUUCAAGUGAAAGCGUACCCAGUCAAGCAGAUACAACUGAAACAGGAGAUAUGGAAGAAGUUCGUGCCGCACGGGUGGGAUCCAUACGGUUCACGCAGGAUCCGAUGGAAAUCCACACAAGUCCUGAACAUUCGCAAAUUCCUACUCCUGACAAUGCUUCUGAUAAGCAAAGUCGUGGCACUGGGUCGCCACCGCCAGGAAUGGAAUUAGCAGACGGCUAUAUGCGCAAAAUUAGAAAAGAAUCCUCAAAUUACACUGAUGGUGACUACCCACGAAGGCAUCGAAAGAGCGUAUCCAUCUACACACCACAACAGACGAGAGAAAUGUAUCGAGAUCCAUACAUGGCAGAUAUGUCAUCGGAACAAGACGAUUCAGCUGGCUAUAAUGAAAGAACACCGUUACUUGCGGGUUGCAGCUCCCUUCCAUCCGUGAUGGGCUAUGAAAGUGGUCCCUCGGUUUAUGACUUUCCUGGUCCGUCAACUGCUCGAUCUGAGGUUGGAAGAGAUGAAAUUAGGCGAGAGUAUAGGCGAAAACGAAGGAGAUACAACCCACAGAAGCUUCCUAAAAUCCAGAAAACCAGGAGCAUCGGUCUUGAUUCGAACAAGAUCUGGUGUGGAUACCGUAUGUGUGAAUGGCGAAAGUUCUUGUUAUCGGCCCGGAUACCUUUCCAGAAACCCCACAAAAGAAUGAAAAUUUACUCAAAUCAGCAAAUUUUGAGUGUAAGGAAAGGCCAUACAUUGCGUCGCCUUUUAUGCCGAUCGCCACCCAGUUGUCGAUACCUUUGGAACGUCGAGCGCCCGGUUCACCCAAGGAAGCGAAACGGAAUCUGGCUUACGGAAGCAAUCGGCGACCUCCUGCCGAAGAAGGACUUCUAUCCGGAGACGAGCAGCAAGCACCGAGCAGCGCCGAAGAGGAGUCCACUUCCGAAGAUGAAUCCGCCGCCACCGUCAAGGUUAAGGGCUCAUUUGGAAACCUUUCAUCCAAGGAAUGGCUGCAUCGCUCCGUUUUAUCCUGACGAGGCCAGGAAAAAGGGCAUGAGUGAAUCCCAGACUGGAAUCGUGUUCGGAAUCUUUGAGCUAGUGAUGUUUAUCACCGCGCCUAUCUUUGGAAAAUACAUGACAUCUAUCGGGUCGAAGAACAUGUUUCUGCUGGGUCUAACCAUCACUGGAAUAACAGCUAUUCUUUUCGGGUUCCUAAACUUGCUCCCAUCGGGUCGAAUGUUUUUCUUGGCCAGCCUUUCCAUUCGUAUAUUGGAAGCGAUAGGAGAUGCAGCUUUUGUGACUUCAAGUUUUGCAAUAUCAGCUAAAUGUUUUCCAGGAAAUAUUGCCUUGAUAGUGGGCCUUAUGGAGACAUUCGCCGGUCUAGGAUACACAGCAGGUCCUGUGAUUGGUGGAUUUCUGUACGAGUUCGGUGGCUUCCAAGUGCCUUUUCUUGGGCUAGGUGCCAUACUCAUGUUAGCCGUGUUCCUUGCUUGGAUGCUCAUCGAAAACUAUAAGGAUGAAGAUGUCGGAGCGUCGAAAGGAAUGCUUGCCAUGCUUCAUAUUCCUGUAAUCUGGAUAAUGAUCUAUGCAGUAAUUGUAUGUGCCAUAUCGCUUUCGUUCCUUGAUCCAACGCUCUCAGCUCACCUUGCAACUUUCAAACUCUCUCCAACCAUGAUUGGAUUGAUGUUCUUGCUGUGCGGUGGAAUCUACACUCUCUCGGCUCCCAUUUGGGGUCUACUAAUCGACAAAUUUCAUUGUACUACUGGUGUUAUGAUUUUUGGCUCUGCUGCUACUGUUCUUUCGAUGGCACUUAUCGGUCCAUCGCCUUUUCUUCCAUUUGAGAAGAAUCUCAUCGUUAUCGGCAUUUCACUGUCAGUUCUCGGCGUUGCAGCUGGCGCUUUGUACAUUCCGACAUUCCAGAAUUGUUUGGAUGCUGUCAAAGAACACGGUUAUGAUGACUCUUUCCAUACUUACGGCUGUGUAUCGGGUGUAUUUCAAUCGGCGUUUGCCUGUGGUGGAUUUAUGGGUCCUACUCUUGGCGGGUUUAUCGUCGAGAAGAUCGGGUUUGCGUGGACAACCACAAUCAUUGGUGCUAUUCACGUAAUGUUUCUCAUUGUUGUGUUCAUCUUCUACGGUCCAUGUUGCUCGAAGACACCAUCUCAGCGUCAUACUUAGAAGAGCAUACGUAGCGAAAUUCAUUUUUCUCAGCUCGAUUUUAAGCUAAGAUUGCGCAAAUUCAUACAUUAUAAAUGCUUUGAUAACCUGAUUGCUUUACUGAAGUAUUCACUUAUCAGAUCUUUAUCAUUGUAUUUGUUCACGUCGUGAUGAUUUGUAGGUUGAAAAUUUUCACUUAAUAAAUAUUGCAGAUUUGAUUUU